AUGUCGGCACGAAACAAGAGGGAUCCAACCGUAAGUCAGACUGUCAUGACCGGUGCGGUUGGUGGCGACGGGAUGAUGGAUCUGGAUGACAUUCUGACGGUUAAUGAAACACUCGGGCAGUUCCUUGUUUGUCUCUUUAGCCUUAAAUCGUCCAUUGCGGAUUCGAAUGAACCACUGGAGAUGACUGUGAAAAGAAGGACUCCUAAUGGCAUGACAGUGCCGCCUCCAGCUGUUGUGGGGCUUACUUUUCCUGAUUCGAUUUUCGAGACAUUAAAACAUUUACAUACUUCUAUCAUCAGGCUGUUAAUAUCUAUCUAUCUAUCUAUCUAUCUAUCUAUCUAUCUAUCUAUCUAUCUAUCUAUCUAUCACAGAUUGCUCAUAGAUAUCUCCUGUUUUUUUUUUCUAUCUAUCUAUCUAUCUAUCUAUCUAUCUAUCUAUCUAUCUAUCUAUCUAUCUAUUACAGAUUGCUCAUAUAUAUCUCCUGUUUCUUGUUUUCUAUCUAUCUAUCUAUCUAUCUAUCUAUCUAUCUAUCUAUCUAUCUAUCUAUCUCACAUUCUGCUCAUAUCUAUCUAUCUAUCUAUCUAUCUAUCUAUCUAUCUAUCUAUCUAUCUAUCACAGAUUGCUCAUAGAUAUCUCCUGUUUCUUGUUUUCUAUCUAUCUAUCUAUCUAUCUAUCUAUCUAUCUAUCUAUCUAUCUAUUACAGAUUGCUCAUAUAUAUCUCCUGUUUCUUGUUUUCUAUCUAUCUAUCUAUCUAUCUAUCUAUCUAUCUAUCUAUCUAUCUAUCUAUCUCACAUUCUGCUCAUUUCUAUCUAUCUAUCUAUCUAUCUAUCUAUCUAUCUAUCUAUCUGCCAAGGUCUAUUUCAGUACGUCUAUAUCUAG